CGCAGUCGGCCUUGCGCAGUCGUCGUUCGAUCGCAGCUCGCUACACGUUAGACUAGUGAGUGUCUGCUCUCAUCAACAAAAAGUUCUCUUUCUUGUCAAUUCAUUGAAUUAUCACCGAAAAGGGAUUUGAAUCAAAAUGACCAGCCAAGAUCCGCAGAAGAAACUGAAAAUUGCCGUCGUUGGCGGAGGAUUGGUGGGAUCACUGCAAGCAUGUUACAUGGCCAAAAGAGGACAUCAGGUCGAACUCUACGAACUGCGAGAUGACAUUAGGACGAUGGAGCACGUUCCAGGUAAAAGUAUCAAUUUGGCCAUGUCGAUUCGAGGCCGAUCAGCGUUGAGAGAAGUUGGACUAGAAGAUGAGAUUAUCAAGAACCAUGGACUGCCUAUGGAAGCGCGCAUGAUUCAUCGAUUGGACGGCUCUACCUAUCAAAUCCCGUACGGAAAGAAAGGACAGUGCAUUUACUCUGUCGGUCGUCGAUUCGUCAACGAGGUUCUCCUCAAUGCCGCAGAAAAGUUGCCGAAUGUUAGUUUCAACUUUAGCCAUAAAUUGGUCAACUCUGACUUAGACAAAGGCACCAUGACAUUUACAAACAAAUCCGGAGAACUUGUGGAAGCUCAAGCGGAUCUGAUUCUAGGCACAGAUGGAGCCUACUCCGCCGUUCGAAAGCAGUUCAUGAAAAGACCGCGUUUUAAUUACCAACAGGAAUAUAUUCCGUGUUAUUAUCUGGAACUCUGCAUCCCACCCACAGCUUCUGGAAACUUCGCUAUGAAUCCGAAAUGUUUACACAUUUGGCCCCGAGGAUCCUUCAUGAUGAUUGCACUGCCAAACCAAGAUGCUUCGUGGACUGUGACACUUUUCAUGCCCCACGAUAAAUUCGAGGCUCUAACAACCCCCGAAGAAUUGCUGGCAUUCUUCAAAACUUAUUACCCCGACGCGAUACCUUUAAUCGGCAAGGACAGGCUAGUCAAAGAUUUCUUCUCCAUAAAGCCUUCGGGACUUAUUUCCGUUAAAUGCUAUCCACAUCAUGCCGGAAAAGCCUUACUUUUGGGCGAUGCAGCUCACGCUAUGGUACCUUUCUACGGACAAGGAAUGAACUGCGGUUUCGAGGACUGCCUGGUUCUUAACGAGUUCCUGAAUCAGCUGGGGGACCAUAAUUUGGAAAAAGUCUUACCAGCUUAUACGGAGCAUCGUCACGUUGACGCACACGCCAUCUGCGACUUAGCUCUGUAUAACUUUAUAGAGAUGCGAGAUUUGGUGAACCGAUUCUCGUUUCUGGCAAGGAAACGCUUUGAUAACACCAUGCAUUGGCUUUUCCCCAACUGGUGGGUUCCGCUCUACACCUCGGUGACUUUCUCCAGGAUGCGCUAUCACUUGUGCAUCGAAAAUAAAAAAUGGCAGGAUCGCGGGGUUCGCAAGCUGCUUUGGAGUACAGGAACUGCCGUCGUUGCCACAGCCGUCGUUGUCGGGUUCAAUUUUCGAUCUUAUUUGCAGAAGUUCAUCUGAAUCACCUUUUGCAUUGUCCAACUCAAAUAGUCUUUAGUAGCUCUCGUUCGACAGGUAUAUUUUUGUCACGCAUUUUUAUUACUGGGUGAAAGAUUUUUGCGGUAUGACAAAAUCUCUGUAUUGUGAAAAUAAAUGAAUUGAAAGUCAA